AUGUUACCCUCUCUUCUUCUUCUUCUUCUUCUUUUUCUUUCUGCAUUCAAUUCCCUAACAUCUGCAGCCUCAGACCUCGUCUUUGACAACUUUGCCCAUUGCCUUGCAGGAAAAGGGAUCCCAGAUGACCAAAUCUCAAGCAUUCUUUAUAGCCCCAUUAACGCUUCCUACACUUCAGUUUUACAAGCUUAUAUAAGAAACAGGAGAUUCAACACUUCCACAACCCCAAAACCGCUUCUCAUAGUCACAGCUUUAGAAGAAUACCACGUCCAAGCAGCUGUUCUAUGUACAAAAAGAACUGGGCUGGAACUGAAAAUCAGAAGUGGCGGUCAUGAUUUUGAAGGAAUCUCAUACGUUUCCAGUGUUCCAUUCGUCAUUCUUGACAUGUUCCACCUUAGUAGUAUUCAUGUUGAUAUUGAAAAUGAAAUUUCUUGGGUACAAGUUGGCGCGACACUUGGGGAACUCUACUACAGGAUUUGGGAAAAGAGUAAAGCACAUGCAUUCCCUGCCGGUGUAUGCCGAUCAGUAGGCGUAGGCGGCCACAUAAGUGGGGGAGGUUAUGGCCCUAUGCUACGCAAAUACGGCCUAACUGUAGACAAUGUUGUUGAUGCACGAAUCGUCGAUGUUAAAGGCAGGAUUUUGGAUAGGGAAGCAAUGGGGGAAGAUCUUUUCUGGGCUAUUAGGGGUGGUGGUGGUGCGAGUUUUUGCGUUGUUUUGGCGUACAAAAUCAAGUUAGUCAGGGUACCAGAAAUUGUAACAUUUUUCAGGAUUGUUAGGACCAUGGAAGAAAAUGUAACAGAUCUUGUUUAUAGCUGGCAACAGGUAGCCAACACGAUUGACAAUGAUCUCUUCAUCAGAGUUCUGGUCCAACCAGUUACUGAACAAAUCAAUGGGCAGAGUCAGACUACAAUUGGAGCAACAUUUAUAGCAUUAUUCCUUGGAGAUGCCGAUGGACUCUUAUCUGUUAUGAAUGGAAGGUUUUCUGAAUUGGGAUUGAAGAAACAGGACUGUUUGGAAAUGAGUUGGGGUGAAUCACUCCUCCGGUGGGAAGGUUACGCGAGUGGUACACCCAUGGAAGCUAUCCUUGACAAGACUUAUGCCAACUUCGCGAAGAGGAAAUCAGAUUAUGUGCAGAAUCCAAUUCCAAGGCAUGGGCUGGCCUCCAUAUUCAAGAAAGUGAUUGAGCUAAAUAAAACAGUACUGGAAUUCAAUCCUUAUGGCGGAAGAAUGAGUGAAAUUCCAGAAAGCCAAACGCCUUUCCCUCAUCGUUCUGAGAUCAUUUUCAAGAUCGAGUAUUUAGUGAUUUGGCAGGAAGAAGGUCCUAGAUUUGCCAAGAAAUACAUAGAGCAGACACGGGUGCUAUACAGUUUGAUGACUCCUUUCGUUUCAAAAAAUCCUAGGCAGGCUUUUCUGAAUUACAGGGACCUUGAUAUUGGAACCACAGACAACGGGAAGAACAGUUACAACGAAGGAAGAGUUUAUGGGCUCAAAUAUUUCAAAAAUAAUUUUUACAGAUUGGUGAAAGUCAAGACCAUGAUAGAUCCUGAAAAUUUCUUCAGGAACGAGCAGAGUAUACCAACUCGGCCCUCCGGCCAUUUUAGUUGGGGUAAAACUUUCAAGCUUAUUAACACUUUUACUCUUUUACGAUCCAGAAUUGGGUGCAAAAGUUAUUAUUUAAAGUUUUUGACUCGGCCUGGCUGCAUUUUUAAUUGA